UCGUGAGUAAAGAAAGGGUGCGUCUUGGAGAGACUUCAGCGGCUGUAACCCUAAGAAAUUGCUGAGAGAGACGUUGUGAUUGUAACUCACACCACCGAGUUCUAUUGUUGCACUGUUCCUCUUCUCCUGCGCAAUUUCAAUUUCUGGGUUUUUUUUUAGCAAAGCGAAGAUGAUGAAAUCGUCACCUCCCAUGUCGAUUGAGCUCAUCCUGGAGAUAAUCUCGAGAUUGCCCGGAGAUGCAGUCGCGAGGUUUCGUUGCGUGUCGAAGCAAUGGGCAUCAAUGCUCGCUACUCCCUACUUCAAAGAGCUGUUUCUGACCAACUCCUCGUCUAAGCCGCGGCUCUUAUUCGCCAUCGCAGACGACGGAAACCACAAAGGCCGUGGCGAGUGGUGCUUCUUCUCCUCGCCUCAGCUUGAGGAUCCUUAUGAGAAAUCAUCGUCGUCGACCCUUGUAUCAGCCGCCGAGUUUCACGUGAAGAAGUUCUCUCCAGAGGAGAUAGAGAUCGAUCACUACAGUAACAUCAAGUACUUUUCAUGUGGCUACAACUCUGGCUUGAUCUAUUUCCAUGGCUCUCGGUACCAAGGUAAACCUGUCAUCUGUAACCCCAACACUGGACGGUACGCGGUCUUGCCUUAUAUGUAUACUUACAGAAAAGCUUUUAGCUUUUUUGGAUUUGAUCCGAUUGACAAGCAGUACAAGGUUUUGUACAUGGCAUAUGCUUCUGGUCCUGGUCAUCAUUAUAUUCUUACGUUUGGAGCUGCUGCAGAUAUGAGUUGGAGAAAGAUUAAAUGUCCCUUGCGACAUGAGAUUAGGAGUGAUGGGGUUUGUAUCAACGGUGUUGUCUACUACUUAGGUGACACCAGGGAUCCUUGGGAUAACAUAAAUGGUGCUACAUUGUCUGAUUAUGUGAUUGUUUGCUUCCAUGUGAGGUCUGAAAAGUUCAGCUUCAUUCACGUUGAAAGGUUUUGUCGAUUGAUCAACUUUAAGGGCAAGUUAGCUAUGAUUUACUGGGAGGAUGAUUUCGACAUUUAUGAGGCUGCUACUUCUGAUCUGGAUGUAGACCAGUAUUUGGAUGAUGAUCUCGUCGCUGAUGCCAAUUAUGAGUUGCAUGUGUGGGUUCUGGAGGAUGUAGCGAAACAGGAUUGGUCCAAACACACCUACACUUGGAGUACCGAUAAGGUUUUCUUCCGUCGUCACGUUUACAUCGCUGGAGCGACCGCUUCGGGUGAGAUAGUGUUUUCCAUGCGCAAGUAUACGUCUAAGAAACCGUUUUAUGUUUUCUACUUCAAUCCCGAGAGGAACAUUCUCCAACGUGUUGAAGUCCAAGGCUUUGGUGAAGGGUUUAAGAAUCCUUGUAGCGUUCGCACCUUUGUGAACCAUGUUGAGGAUCUUCAUGUUAACGAUUUUGAACUACUCAAGCCAUUCCAUGCUCCAUUUGAGGAUCCAGAAUUGUUAGAUUCGGAUUCAGAUUCAGACAGAGAAGGAAGGGACAAGGGGAAGAAGACAGGGAUGAUUCAUUGGAGUUUGGUGUGAAAGCAAUGAGCAUCAUGUCAUUUUGUGCUCUUAUCUGGGCGUUUAUGCUCUUUUUAGACUACAUGUUGGAUCAUGGGUUCCUGGCCAACUUGAUUAGCUUCUUUGUGUUCAUCAUCUUUUUCUUGGGAAAAGACUAUUUAGAUUGGAAAUCAAAAGGGACUUUGUGUUGUAGGAUGCAACUUGCAAGUUAUGUUUGAUGAAGAAUCCAAUAGGCUUGUUGCCAUUAUAUAUACUAAGAGAACCUAUUGAGUUUUGAUAAA